UGACUGAAAAUGGUUCAAGAUUAGAUAAAAUGUCUUGUUUUCUCAUAUAUAUUUAUAAUUGCUCUUCACCUAAAAAUAUAUUUGUUUUAUCCGAUUACUCGAUUAAUCGAUAGAAUUUUCAGUCGAUUACUCGAUUACUAAAAUAUUCGAUAGCUGCACCCCUAAUUUGAUGUUACCUUUAUAUUUCAAAGAAAAAAUUGUUCACAAUGGCCAAGUUGGGUCCCUUUUUUCAGGACACCUUGGACUUCAUGUCUAAACUGUUGUUUUCUUCACUGACCAAUUACAAUCCACAUUUUGGACCCAAACAGACAAAAAAAUCCCAAAAUAUUUCUUCAAAAUUUGUAAUGUUGAUGUCCCAUUGACAACCAAACAUGCUCGACCAAACGUUUUGAAGCUUGAUAAUAUUUAUUCUACUUGUUAGGAUAAACAUUCAAUAGAAAAAAAUAAGAUUGAAUAGUUUUAUGUUUGACAAUUCAACACAAACAGCAAGUAUGGUCAUAGGCGUUUUUGGCCUUUACACAUACUAUGGUCAAAACGGGUUAUAUACAGUGCAAAAUAGUGAGAAAAAAAAUCAUAUAUAUCAUCUAACACAAAAAGGUUUUGGAAGAUAUCUCUUUGUGAAGUUAGGUAUUAUACCCAUCACCUUAUCUAAAGUAUUUACGUACAUGCAACCAAGCUUCUUGAACACUCAUCUUUAUAAAAUUUGAAAAGAUUAUAGUGAAGAAAAAAUAUAUAACAUUGAAAAAAAGUUUUUUCAAAAAUAUUGACAAGUAGUUCAGUUCAAUUCAAAACUUUUUGGCAUACAACCCAAUAAAGUUUUUUUUUUUCUUUUUUUUGCGAACUCAAUAACUCAAUAAAGCUUCUGCAUGAACCGGUCACGGAGGUGUGUCACACACAACGUCACACAGCCUACUCUUUCGCCGUUUGCGCACUGCUGUCAGCCUGUCACUUCUACUCGCCGAGACGCCGACUCAUUCCAGGAAAACAACGACAAAUACGGCUCAUCGUCUUCCUUGAGUUAAUGAAAUAAUGCAUUAGCUUGCGCUAAAUUUAGGUUUAGAUUCAUUCUGCACGUUUCAGAGUCGCUUGCUCAAACUGGCCGUUGCUUGCUUCAGCAUGCAUGCCUCCUUUUCCUUAGUUGGCGCCUCGCUCGGAAAUUUAUUAAAAAUGUCCACAUUCUGUUCGCCCUUCUUGACAUCACAACGGCUCUUGGGGUGCUUUCGGUUUUGAAAAAGGACAAGAAAUGAUGGAAAUAUGGAGAUAGAUACAUGGUCCAUGCAGCGUUUUAAUGCAUAUUUAUGAGUGCAAUAAAACUAUAAAACUCAAAUGACAUUAUCUCCCGUUUUUCUUGGUCGAUUGACUUCAAAUAAAAACUGGUGUGGACAUCAACUUCCGUACUUUCAAAGGAGACCAACCAGCAGCACGUGGGUGACGUAAUUACAGCGUGACGAAGCUUCAAAGACGACAUGCGUAAACACGUCGCUGCCGACACGUUGGGUGUUAAAGGGUUCAUUUUUAUUUUACGCAUUGAUUCAGAUUUUCAAAUGAUAUAACAGUCCGCAUGGGCGAAUUUAUCGUCAUUUAUCGUUACUGAGGUAAAUCUGCUCAAUUUACCGUGAUACUUACUUUAGGCCAUAUUGCCCAGCCCUUGUCUGACUUUUUUUUGUGUGUGUAUGUGUUGAGUUUUGAAUUUAGCCGAGUCAACAGCAGACGCGUGACGUUGAAUCGCGUCGCGCUUUGCUAAUUGGGAGCGUAGACGCCAAUUGUUUUACUCCUGCGUCACAUUGGGUCCUAUUGUAUACGCUUGUAUUCUUGUUUUUGCCAGCGUGAAUUUGUCAAGCGUCGCCAGGGAAUUGCUCUAAUAGUGCCGUGCCCACUCCGUUAGGAAGCCAACUUUGAUUUCCAGAUUCUACGUCUAAUCGAGUUGACUCCCUGUUGAGUUUGGGGCAUUUCCGGGUCAAUAACUGUUGGUCUUGGGUCACUUCUCGUUCGUUUUAGGGAACGUCUGCGUCACUCCCUGUACAUUUUGAAUCAUUUUCCAUUCAUUUAAAACAAAAAAAAAACAUAUAUAUUAUUUACUGGUUCUCUCUCUUUUAUUAAAAAAAAAUGAAGAAAAGAAAGAAAAAUAGCUUAUUAAGAGGCGGGAAAAAAGAUUUGAACAGCGUUGAGUUCAACAUUGUGCUUGAUUGAUUAUCAAAUUAGAUGACAUUUCAUUUGCUGAUUGAUCCAUUAACCCCGAAUGAACGACAAAAUGAACAGCACGUGACCCAAAAUGUCCAGCUACUCUAAAAUAAAUAAGAAAGUGACUGAAAAUGAACAAAUAAGUGACUCAAAAUGAAAAUAAAGGUAAGAAAAAUUUAUUGGAAUGCCCCAAAAUGAACAUCAAGUCACCGGUAAAUACUCUUAAAUCAACAGGAAUUUACCCUAAAUGUUGAGGAAAUGUCCGGGAAUGCCCCAAAAUUUACACGAAGUGACCUGAAAGUACUCUAAAAUGAACAACAAAGUGACUCAAAAUGAACAGAAAGUGACUGAAAACCAACACGAAUGCCCCAAAAUGGGUAGGAAGCAAAAAAUGAACUGGAAGUGACCUGGAAAUGCCCUAAAAUCAACAGGAAAUGACCCAAAAUGUAGAGGAAAUGACCCGGAAUACCCCAAAAUGUUAAAGGAUCGACCCCUAAAUACUCUAAAAUGAACAAAUAAGUGACUCAUAUUUGACAGAAAGUUAAGAAAAAUGAAUUGAAAUGUCCCAAAAUGAACAUCGUCACCUGGAAAUGCUCUACAAUCAACAGGAAAUUGCCUAAAUCAAGAGGAAAUGACCGGGAAUGGCUCAAACUUUACAGGAGGUGACCUGUAAGUACUCUAAAAUGAACAAUGAAGUGACUGAAAAUGGACAGAAAGUUGCACAAAAUCAGGAAUAUCCCAAAAUAAACAGGAAGUGACAUGGAAAUGCCCAAAAAUCAACAAGAAAUGAUCCAAAAUGUCCAGGAAAAGACCCGGAAUGCCGGAAUGUAAAAGAAUUGACCCAUAAAUACUCUAAAAUGAACAAAUAUGUGACUCAAUAUGAACAGCAAGUUAAGAAAAAUAAAAUGUAAUGCCCCAAAAUGAACAUCAAGUCUACUGGAAAAGCUCUAAAAUCAACGGGAAAUUAUCCAAAAUCUAGAGGAAAUGACCGGGAAUGUCGCAUAAUGGGCAGGAAGUGACAGAUGAACAGGAAGUGAACUGGAAAUGCCCUAAAAUCAACAGGAAAUGGUCCAAAACUUAGAGGAAAUGACCCGAAAUGCCCCAAAAUGUAAAAGAAUUGACCCAUUAAUACUCUAAAAUGAACAAAUAAGUGACUCAAAAUUAACAGAAAGUUAAGAAAAAUUAAUUGGAAUGUCCCAAAGAGAACAUCAAGUCACCUGGAAAUGCUCUACAAUCAACAAGAAAUUACCUAAAUCGAGAGGAAAUAACCAGGAAUGCCCCAAAAUUUACAGGGGGUGACCUGUAAAUACUCAAAAAUGAACAAGGAAGUGACUCCAAAUGAACAGGAAGUGACCUGGGAAUUCCUUAAAAUCAUCAAGAAAUGAUCUGAAAUGUACAGGAAAUGACCCGAAAUGCCGAAAAUGUACAGGUUGUGACCCAAAAUCAACAGGAUGUGACCUUGAAAUGCCCCAAAAUCAACAAGGAGUGACAAAUGAAUAGGAAGUAACCUGGAAAGGCCCUGAAAUCAACAGGAAAUGAUGCAAAAUGUACAGGAAAUGACCGGGAAUUAUUCAAAUUUACAGUGACCUGUACAGUGGGAUGAAAAAGUAUCUGAACCUUUUGGAAUUUCUGCAUAAAAUCACCAUCAAAUGUGGUUUGAUCUUUGUCAAAAUCACACAGAUGAAAAAACAGUCUGCUUUAACUUAAACCACCCAAAUAUUUAUAGGUUUUCAUAUUUUAAUGAGGAUAGUAGGCAGGCCAUUUGGCAGCAAUAACUUCAACCAAGCGCUUCCUGUAGCUGCAGAUCAGUCUGGCACAUCGAUCAAGACUAAUCUUGUCCCAUUCUUCUCUACUGGAUUUUGACUUGGCCACUCGAGAACGUGUAUUUUGUCCUUCCGAAACCAUUCUGAAGUUGAUUUACUUCUGUGUUUUGGAUCAUUGUCUUGUUACAGCAUCCAUCCUCUUUUUAGCUUCAACUGUCUGACAGACAGCCUCAGGUUUUCCUGCAGAACAUCCUAAAAAACGUAUGAAUUCAUUCUUCCAUACAUGAUUUCAAGUUGUCCAGGCCCUGAAGCAGCAAAACAGCCCCAAAUCAUGAGGCUCCCUCCACCAUGCUUCACGGUGGGGAUGAUAUGUUGAUGUUGGUGAGCUGUUCCAUUUUUCCUCCACACAUGACGUUGUGUGUUGCUCCCAAACAAUUGAACUAUGGUUUCAUCAGUCUACAAAAUAGUUUGCCAAAACAUCUGUGGAAUUUCCAAGUGCAUUUUUGUCAACAUUAAAUAAGCAACAAUGUUUUUUUAGACAGCAGUGGCUUCCUCUUUGGAGUUCUCCCAUGAACACCAUUUUUUGCCAUAGUUUUACAUAUAGUUGAGAUAUUGGACUGUGCCAGUGAUUUCUGUAAGUCUUUAGCAGACAGUCUAGGGUUCUUUUUUAAUCUCUCUGAGUAUUCUGCGCUGAACUCUUGGCGUCAUCUUUGGUGGACAGACACUCCUCGGGAGAGAAGCAACAGUGCCAAACUCUCUCCAUUUGUAGACAACUUUUCUGACUGUCGAUUGAUGAACAUCCAGACUUUUAGAGAUGGUUUUACAUCCUUUCCCAGCUUUAUACAAAUUAACUAUCCUUCAUCGCAGGUCUUCAGAAGGUUUAUAAUAUUUAGCCGUUUUUGUGGGAAUGUGUGUCUGAACCAUUUGUUAGGAGCAUUGUAAAAAAAAAAAAUGUACAUAGAUCCUCAUUUAAAAAAAAAAAGUACCAUUUGAGGCUCAGCUCAGGUAUUUUAAUUUUUCAUGUUCCUUAUCCGAUUACUCGAUUAUUCGAACUAACUAGUCCAUCGAUUAAUCGACUACUAAAAUAUUCGAUAGCUGCAGCCCUAGUUCACUUACCUAUUUCCCCCCUUAUGACAUUGUUUGCAUACUUUUCUCACUAAAAUAUGAAAACCUAUAAAUGUUUGGGUGGUUUUAGCUAAAGCAGACAUUGUUUUUCCAUCUGUGUGAGUUUGACAAAGAUCCGAUCACAUUUGAUGGUGAUUUUAUGCAGAAAUAUGAGAAAUUCCAAAAUGUUCAGAUACUUUUUCAUACCAUUGUAACAUAAAACAGAACAGUACACUUCUGGUUACCAGUCCCAAGUGACCAUGAUUCAUUCGGACAAUGCUGGACAAAUGGCAUGCUUUCAAAAAAAAUGCGGAAUUUUGGCAUUUGGGCAGAAGUUAAAUGGCUACAGUAUCAUUUACUGAAAGCUCAACAAAUACAGUAGAUGGCAAUAUUUAGUCACAAUAUACAAAGUCACGAGUCUUUCUAUCCGUGGAUCCCUCUCACAGAAAGAAUGUUAAUAAUGUAAAUGCCAUCUUGAGGAUUUAUUGUCAUAAUAAACAAAUACAGUACUUAUGUACUGUAUGUUGAAGGUAUAUAUUCGUCCGAGUUUUAUUCAUUUUUUUCUUAAUGAAUUGCCAAAAUGUAUAUGAUCGGGAAAAAUGAUCGGGAAUGCUUGGAAUUGAAUCGGGAGCCAAAAAAAAGCAAUUGGGAAAUAUCGAGAUCGGCAGAUACUCAAACUAAAACGAUCGGGAUCGGAUCGGGUGCAAAAAAACAUGAUCGGAACAACCCUACCUGAAAUGAUCCAAAAUGUACAAAAAAUGACCCGAAAUGGCACAAAAUAUGCAGGAAGUGACCUGAAAUUAACAGGACGGAACCCAAGAGUACCCCAAAAUGAACAAGGAAGUGACUGAAAAUGAACACGUCGCUUGCCAUUUACAAAAUUAGCCGUCCGUUUCAUGUAAACUGGAAUCAUCUUUUAGCGCCACUGACGGCGCAAGACGUCCAAUCCAUUGUGAUAUUCGUUCAUCCGCUGCUCCAAAUGGGGUCCAAAGGGAUUGGACGCUUAGCACCGUCAAUGGCGGGCAAAUGAGUUGAGUAAAGUGGCCCACCACAAGCCCUGUUCUCGGGGCUUGUUGAGUGUAAACAUGAUGCCGCGGGGGGUGCAGUUAGACAGCAGACGAGGGAGGGGAAGACGCAUUCCUGCGGCUUUGACCGUGGAGGGGCGAGGUCUUUCUAAAGGCUCCUCCCUCCUACCCUCCCACAAGGGAGAAAAGGCAGUCAGUUUGCGCUGGUGGAUUAUGAAUGGAGCUUUAGAGGCAAGCAAGCCACUUAAUGACGAAUGAUAGAUUUGAACAAGAGCUGAAGAUCCAGACUGGUGUUAAGUUCCACCGCGGAUGAGCGACAUGUCGGAGAUGUGGCGUCGACCCUGCAGGUAGGGGUGUGACAAGAUAUCAGAACGCCGCUGAAUGAUGGGAAAUGCUGAGAGCCAGCACGGAGAUGUGGCCUUCCCGGGGACGGAGCGCGGCUAUUUGUCACGGAAGCGCACGUCGCGUUCUCUCCGCAUCCCAGACAGGCGACCGCGGCUCACCUCGUCGGGGAAGACGGAGCACAGGAACUCGGAGACCAGCACGCGCUCCAGCAGUACUCCCAGCAUCCCGCGCUCCCUGGCCGAAAAUGCCACGGAGCCCUUCGACGAGGGCGACGUCCCGCCCCGUUUCGGUAGCCCCGUUUGGGUGGACCGCGUGGCCAUGAACCUGCGGCCGGCAUCCUUCGGCCGCGACCCGGAAGAGAUCGGCGGCUCGGGCAAGAAACGCUCCAAGUCGGCGGAUACGUGGCGAGACGACAGUCCGGAUUUCUCUCUGUCGGACGUGAGUCGAGACCACGCGACCAGCGCGGAGGAGAUGGCAAGCCCUGGCGCCGAACGCGACUCUGAAGACGAGGGCCCGCCGCGCUCCGCCGCCGCGGACUCCUUAGACCGGGUCUACGGUCGCGAAGGCAAAGGGGUCGGCGGAGACGAGAAGAUGUUCUCCGAGGAGGACUGUAACGCGUACGGCGCCUUCACGCUGCCGUGCAGACGCUCGCAUUGCCUCUCGGAAGGACCGCGGGCCAUCACGGGGGCCGGCUUGCGGGGCAGGAGGGCGCAGACCAUCCAGGACGUCACGGCCGGCGAGGGCGGCGAGUACGAGGACGGCUACGAUGUGACGGCGGAGGCCGAGUCCCGCCGCUACAAGACCGCGUCGGCCUCCUCGGCGGCGGGCACGAGCGACAGCGGGAGCGGCGGCGGGUGCCAGGGCGUCUACGAGAACUUCCGGCAAGAGCUGGAGAUGAGCUCCUGCCGGACGGAGAGCCAGGAGGAGGCGCUGAGCGACGAGAGUCAGAGCGCCGUCAGCUCCGCCUACCGCUCGGACCCGCCGCCGGGCGCGCGGGGCACGGUGCGCAAAGCGGGUCGGCUCGCCGUCAAGAACUUUCUGGUGCACAAGAAGAACAAGAAGGUGGAGUCGGCCGCUAGACGCAAGUGGAAGAGCUACUGGGUGUCUCUCAAAGGCUGCACCCUUUUCUUCUACGAGACGGACGGGCGCUCUGGAAUCGACAACAGCAGCGUCCCCAAGCACGCCGUCUGGGCCGAGAACAGCAUCGUGCAAGCCGUACCCGAGCAUCCCAAAAAAGACUUUGUCUUCUGCCUUAGCAACUCGCUCGGGGAUGCAUUCUUAUUCCAGACGAGCAGCCAGACAGAGUUGGAGAACUGGAUCACGGCCCUCCACUCGGCAUGCGCCGCCGCCGUCGCCCGGCAUCACCGGCGCGAGGACACGCUACGCCUGUUGCGCGCCGAAAUCAAGAAGCUGGAACAGAAGAUCGACAUGGACGAGAAGAUGAAGAAGAUGGGCGACAUGCAGCUGUCCGCCGUCACAGAUACCAAGAAGAGAAAAACCAUUCUUGAUCAGAUCUUCUUGUGGGAGCAGAACCUGGAGCAGUUCCACAUGGACCUUUUCCGAUUCCGCUGUUACCUGGCCAGCCUGCAGGGCGGCGAGCUGCCCAACCCCAAGCGCCUGCUGGCCUUUGCCUCGCGACCCACCAAGCUGGCCAUGGGACGCCUGGGGAUCUUCUCUGUUUCGUCUUUCCACGCGCUGGUGGCGGCCCGCACGGACAGCGGCGUGAGGCGGCGAGCGCACGCUACGUCGCGCUCGUACAGCAAGCGCAAAAGCCGCUUCUCUUCGCUGUGGGGUCUGGAUACCACGUCUAAAAAGAAGAGCAGAGCCCACCCCAGCAUCAACCAGGUUUUUGCGGACGGAGAAGAGCUUAUUAAAAAGAGCGACGAUGGAAUUCCCACCGAGUCGGCGAAGGAGGGACAAUCGAAUGAAGAUGAGAGCAGGAAGGCCGCCCCGCCGGCCGGGGCGGAGGGUGAGGCGUGGCCGCCAGAGCACGUCACCCCAUCCUGGGUUUGUUUGCCCGACGACCAGCCGGUGCUGACCGUCGUCCGACCCGGAGAGUCGGCGCUCUGCGUGCUUGAAACCAUAUGCAAGGCUCAUCAACUGGACCCCACCAAGCACUACCUUCGACUCAAGUUCCUGAUUGACAAUGUAGUGCAGUUCUACAUCCCCAAACCCGAGGAGGACGUGUGCGACCUGCUUUACAAAGAAGUGGAACUCUGCCCCAAAAUCACAAAAGUUGUCCAGUUUGACCGCGACGAGUCGUGCAUGAUCGGCUACGGUUUCUCCAUCUCGGUGGUGGAGGAGGACCGAGUGCAGCAGCUUUACAUCACGGACGUGCGGGCGGGCGGCCUCGCCUUCGCUAAAGGUCUGAAUGCGGGCGACGAAAUCCUGGAGCUGAAUGGCAAAGAGGCCCAGAGUCUGGACUUUUCCGACAUGAAGGCGGCGUUCUCGCUAUCGUCGCUGGCGCUGAGGGUCAGCACGCUUCCCCCUCUGGAGCGCCGCCAGCUCUGCUUUCUACCGCCGCGACGCUCCCACACCCAGGACAACCUUUACACUGACAUCUUCUCCCAGAGCCAGGAGGAGAUCCUGGACGACGGCGUGGGGCUCCUGCUGGAAAGUUCCGGGGACAGCUUGGACGACGACUCCGAGAUCUUUGACCGAUGCGUGAAGAAUACGGAGCAAGUGGCGGCCUUUUGCCGCAGCCUCCACGACAUGAACCCGGCGGACUGCGCGUCGUCGUCUUCGCCCAGCCCCGAUUCGCCGUUCCCGCCCGCGCUCCGCCAGCUUUCGGACGCCGACAAGCUGCGCAAGGUCAUCGGCGAGCUGGUGGAGACUGAACGCACCUACGUCAAAGACCUGAACUGCCUCAUCGGACGAUAUUUAAGCCCGCUGCAGAAAGAGAGCUUUCUCACUCAGGAUGAGUUGGAUGUUCUCUUUGGAAAUCUUCCAGAAAUGGUGGAAUUCCAGGUAGAGUUCCUGAAGACUCUGGAGGACGGGACCCGGCUGGUUCCGGAUCUGGACAAGCUGGAGAGAGUGGAGCAGUUCAAAAAAAUCCUUUUCUCCCUGGGAGGCUCCUUCCUCUACUACGCCGAUCGCUUUAAGAUCUACAGCGCCUUCUGCGCCAGCCACACCAAAGUCCCCAAGGUCCUCGUGAAAGCCAAAAGCGACCCCGACUUCAAGGCUUUUUUGGACGAGCGCAACCCUAAGCAGCAGCAUUCGUCCACGCUGGAGUCGUAUCUCAUCAAACCUAUCCAGAGGGUCCUCAAGUACCCUCUGCUGCUCAGGGAGCUCUACUCGCUCACCGACCCGGACAGCGAAGAGCACUACCACCUGGAUGUCGCCAUGAAGGCCAUGAACAAAGUGGCUAGCCACAUUAACGAGAUGCAGAAAAUCCACGAAGAGUUCGGCGCCGUCUUCGACCAGCUCAUAACCGAGCAGAGCGGCGACAAGAAGGAGGUUGCUGACUUGUCUAUGGGCGAUCUGCUACUCCACACCAGCGUGUCUUGGAUUAACCCGCCUGCCUCUUUAGGAAAAUGGAAAAAAGAGCCCCAGAUGGCCACUUUUGUCUUCAAAACAGCAGUCGUUUUCGUCUGCAAGGAUGGAUCCAAACAGAAGAAGAAAAUGGGCGGCUCCCACCGAGCAUCGACGUCUUCCGAAGAAAAAGACCCCUUCCGAUAUCGUCACAUGAUUCCGACCGACUCCCUGCAAGUCAGACCGUUGGCCAACGCCAACGCGGACGGCGAAGGGACGUCCGUGUGCGAGAUCGUCCACACAAAGUCGGAAUCGGAAGGCCGGCCGGAGAGAGCUUUCCAGCUGUGUUGUAGUUCCCCAGAAAGCAGAAAAGACUUUGUCAAGACGGUUCACUCCAUCCUUCGCGAGAAGCACCGGCGCCAGCUGCUGAAGACGGAGAGCCUUCCGCUCAGCCAGCAGUACGUGCCCUUCGGAGGCAAGCGUCUUUGCGCGCUCAAGGGCGCUCGGCCCGUCAUCAACCGAGCAGCCUCCGCACCGACCAGAACUCUGGGUCGUCGGAAGCUAGUCCGCAACCGCUUCACCAUCGACACGGACGUGGUCCCGGACGGCGAGCCCGACCCGGCGUCCCCCUCGGACCCGGCGUCCCCCUUGGACCCGGAGCGUCUGCGCUCGUCGGGCGACACGGACCGCUGGGUGGAAGAACAGUUUGACCUCAAAGAGUACGAAGACCCCGAGGAGGCCAAGGAGACAGAUAUCCUGAGCGACGAAGACGACGGGCUCCGCCUCGGGACGUCGCUCGCCGCCUUGUCUCUGGACGGCGAGGGGGCGGAGUCCGGGGACGCGACUACCGUGUGGGUGCGGCGAGAAUCCUCGCCAGACUGAAAAAGUUAGGUGCGAACUACUUAUGGUACAAUCACGGAAUCUUAACUCUUUCGGCGUCGUUGACGAUAUUAGGCGUCCAAUUGCGUGGCGUCCAAUCACCCGUCUGCCGUGAACCGAAAUGACUUUGUUGGUAGCUUAUCUUUAGUUGACGUCCGAUCCAUUUGAAGUGAGAGUGUGCCACGUUCAUUCACUGUCAACCCUUCCACUUUAAAUGGAUUGGACAUCUAGUGACAUCCAUAGCACCUAGUGAUGCUUUGACAUUGGUUGAGAAAAAAGCUAGUAAUGACUUCAUGCAUCGGCCAUCUUGGUAUGGGCGACGAAACAUCUUUUCAUGCUUCUGCCAUCAAUUGAAAUGAGUUUCUUACUACAGUCCCUGACAAAAGUCUUGUCGCUUAUCCAUUUUGUAGAAACAAUUGCUAAUAACCUGACUUUUAAUGAUUCAAUUGGUUUCAGAAAUGGCUCAUGUGAAAGCUAAGACCCUCCCAA